AUGGCAGGACCAUUACCCCCUCCACCUCCUCCUCCACCUUCAAAUUUCGAAAGUUUACCACUGGGAUCACCAGCUACUAUGCCAAUGGGAAGAGAUGCAUUAUUAGGUGAUAUUAGAAAAGGUGCAAAAUUGAAAAAAGCAGUCACUAUGGAUAAAUCAAAACCUUUACUUGAUUCAAAAACUUCAAUAUCAACAAAUUCACCAGCUGCUGUUUCAUCAUCAAAUACAAAUUCAGGUUCUUCAGCUCCUUCAAUUCCCACAGGUGUUCCUCAAUUGGGUGAUAUCUUCGCUGGGGGUGUUCCAAAAUUAAAACAUGUUGAUAAUAGAGCAGGUAUAACACCUCCUUCAGCUCCAAAAAUACCUACUUCACAAUCUAAUCAACCUCAAGUACCAGCAUCUUCGAGACCAAGUAAAGUUCCAUCAAUUCCUACAUCAUCAAGGCCAAAUACUAAACCUUCAAAUAAUUCUGCAGCUCCACCACCACCUGUAGCUUCAUUUACUCCACCUAUACCACAACAAUCAACUUCAAAUAAUUCAAUAAAUAAACCAGCACCAAAAUUACCACCAACUAGACCUAAAAAAUCAUCACAUAUUAGAAAUGGAUCUACAAAUUCAGUUGAAACUGAUAGAUCUGCUGCUGCUCCUCCUCCAUUACCUAGUGGACCUCCACCUAUACCUAAUUCUGCACCGCCGUUACCAAAUUCAUUGAAUAAUCAAUCAUCUGCACCACCUCCACCUCCAUUACCUUCAAAUUCAAUACCACCACCACCUAAGUUACUGACUAAUAAUCAAAAUUCAUCAGUUCCUGCUGCUCCUCCAUUACCAGCUGGUGGAUUACCUUUUUUAGCUGAAAUAAAUGCAAAAAGAGAUGAUAAAAAUGUUCUUGAUCAUGUAAAUACUACAAAAUUGAAUAAUUCAACAUCACUAGAUUCAAAAUCACCAUCCACAGCAACACCUCAACCACCAAAAUUACCUACAAGUGCUGCUCCACCUAUUCCUGGCUCAUUACCCCCUUCAAUUCCAUCAGUGCCAAAAAGAAUUCCAUCAAAGAAAGGGUCUUCAAAUAAUAUACCCAAAGCACCUCCUCUACCAAAUGUUUCAACUCCAACACCUCCAGCUCCACCAUUACCAAAUAAUAAUAUACCUCCACCUCCUCCUCCACCAAGUUUUGAUCCUCCUUCAAAAUCAAGUUCGAACAAAACUUCUAAUGCUCCUUCUCCUGCUCCUGCUGCUGGUGGUUUGCCAUUUUUAGCUCAAAUCAAUGCUAAAAGAAAUGAUGAUUUUGUAGUGGAUGGAAGUAAGAAAGGUUAUUCUGCUAAAGAUGAAAGUUCAACAAGUAAAACUAGCUCAACACCAAGUAAAUCACCACCAUUACCAUCAUCAAAUACUCCAAAACCUAAAAUGAAUGCUCCACAAAUUCCUCAAAUUCCAAUACCAACUCAAAAACCGAAAUUAUCAUCCAAUUCAACUUCUUCGAAACCAACACCACCUUCAGCUCCGCCAAUACCUCAAUUUAAUCAGCAGCCACCCGAAGCUCCUCAAAUUCCAAUCUCACCACCACAAAGAAAAGAAUCAAAGCCUGCAAUACCUCAAAUUCCAAUAUCACCACCACAAAGAAAUGAAUCAAAACCUUCAAUACCACAAAUACCAACAAGAAAUGAAUCAAAACCUUCAAUACCACAAAUACCAACAAGAAAUGAAUCAAAACCUUCAAUACCACAAAUACCAACAAGAAAUGAAUCUAAACCACCUGCAGUACCUCAAAUUCCAUUACCACCACCACAACAAAAACCAAUUCCACCAAUAUCAUCACUACAAAGAGAUGAUAUUUCAGAUAAUUUAUUUGAUACUGAUGAAGAAGAAGAGGAAACAAGUUAUUCAAGUCCAGCACCAUCAUUGCCUAGUGGAAUUCCUCCACCUCCACCACCAACAACAUCAACACCAUCAAUACCAAAAAAUAGAAAAGCAGCACCUCCACCGCCACCACCAUCAUCUAAUGGUAAUAAAUCACAAUUUAAUAAUUUAGAUUCUCAACAACAUGCUGGAUCAUCAUUAAGAAAAAUAUCAGCGUCAACAUAUACGAUAAAUGGACAUGAAAAUAAUCAAAAGAUAACGAUUGAUGAUAAACGAUUUAAAUUUGUAAAUGCAAAUAGUUUACCAAAUCCAAGAAGGUUCGGGGAGAGCGGAGAGAAGUUAUAUCCUAGUGGAAGAGGAUCAUCAGUACCUUUAAAUUUAAGUUUAUAUAAUUGA